AGCUACUACCAAGUCGCUUUGUACAUCGUCUCGCACAAGGUGCCCGCCUGCGUUACGUCGUGCUGUCACAAACCCCGCCCUGCAGUGGUGGCCCAACGGCAUACCUGUGUACUUCGUAUACAUACGACGUCCUCGAGGCAUCACCGCUAUCGGGGCUGCACCAUGACACUGCGGAGAGCAGAGCCCACCAUGGCGACGCAGGUUCCCAGUGCUGCCGGCACCCCGGCCCGGCUCAUCAAGCCGUGGAUGUUGCCCCCGCAGACGUCGUACCUCUUCAAGAACGCCAACGUCGUCGACACGGUCGAGGGUGUCGUGCGGAAGCAGACGGUCAGGCUGGCCGAUGGCCUCAUACAGGCCGUGGGCGAACGCAUCGGGGCGGGGUCCCACGACGUCGUCGUCGACCUCGACGGCAAGUUCCUGUGCCCAGGGCUCAUCGACUGCCAUGUCCACCUGAGCGCCGUGGCCGGCAACGCGAGCCUCGCCGCGAGCGCGUUCCCGUCGGACCCGGCCGUCUCGUACUUUCGCCAGCCCUUCUUGUGCGCGCAGAUGCUGAGCCGCGGCUUCACGACGGUGCGUGACACGGGCGGCGCGACGCUGGCCCUCAAGGAGGCCAUCGACGACGACGUGUUCCCCGGCCCGCGGCUCGUCAUCUCCAACAAGGCACUCUCGCAGACGGGCGGGCACGGCGACGCCCGCGGGCCGCACCAGGCGCACCAGCAGUGCUGCGGCGGCGGCGCCGACACGCUGCUGACGCAGGUCAUCGACGGCGUGCCGGCGUGCAUCCAGGCGGCUCGCCACCAGAUCCGCACGGGGGCCGACUUUAUCAAGAUCAUGGUGGGCGGCGGGGUGGCCUCGCCCACCGACAGGCUAGACAACACGCAGUUCACCGCCGACGAGAUCCGGGCCAUUUGCGAGGUGGCCGACUCGUACGGCACCUACGUGACGGCGCACGCGUACACGCCAAAGGCGAUCCGGCACGCCGUCGACAACGGCGUCCGCUGCAUCGAGCACGGCAACCUCAUCGACGAGGAGACGGCCAAGUUCAUGGCGGACCACGACGUCUGGCUCGUGCCCACGCUCAUCACGUACCAAGCCAUGAGCGAGGACAAGUACGCCGACUUCCUGCCGCCCGUCAACCGGGACAAGAACCGCGAGGUGCUCGCCCGGGGGGUCGCCUCGCUGCGCAUGGCGCACGACGCAGGCGUCAGCAUCUGCCACGGGUCGGACCUACUGGGGCCGCUACAGGAGGAGCAGAGCCGCGAGUUCGAGAUCCGGGCACGGGCGCUCGACGCCGCCGAGGUGCUGCGGGGCGCCACGGUGACGGCGGCGCGGCUGCUCAGGCAGGACGACUUCCUCGGCCAGGUCGAGGCGGGCUUCGCCGCGGACCUGCUGGUGCUCGACGCGAACCCGCUCGAGGACGUGUCGGUACUGGCGCGGCCGCAGCAGAACGUGCUGGCGGUCAUGAAGAACGGGAGGGUGUACACGAGCCGAUGGCGACAGCUGCCCGAGGACGUGGCUCAGUCGAUGGCGAUGGCCUGACGAG